UUCUUAUAGCGCCGCGGGCGGCGGUUGCGCGGGGACGGCGGGACAGCGGGACAUGGAGGCCGUGCGGCUCGUGGUGCUGGGGCUCGUGCUGCUGAGCGCUCAGGGCGGCUUCGGGGCAGGGAGCACGAUCUGGACUUCCGUAGAUGAUGAUGGCUCCAGAACCCGCCUCACAUGCGCCUUGAAUUACAGCGCCACCGAGAUCGUGGGCCACCGCUGGGUGAAGGGGGGCAAGGUGCUGAGGGAGGACGCGCUGCCCGGCCUGAGGACAGAGUACGACGUGGACUCGGACGACCGCUCGGGCCAGUACUCCUGCAUCUUCCUUCCGGAGCAUGCGGGCCGCACCGACCUGGAAGUGAAGGGGCCCCCCAGCGUCAAGGCGGUGAAGAAGUCGGAGCACGCCACCGAGGGGGAGACUGUGGUGCUGGCCUGCAGGUCGGACUCCUUCCCGCCCGUCGCCGACUGGCUGUGGUCCAAGGUGACCGACUCUGGGGACCAGGCCAUCACUAACAGCUCCCAGGACAAGUUCUUCGUGGUCUCCUCGGGGACCAGGACGGAGCUGCAUGUCCCAGACCUGGACCUGAGCUCAGACCCCGGCAAGUACGUGUGCAACGGCACCAGCUCGGAGGGCUCUGGCCAGGCGGUCCUCACGCUGCGCGUGCGCAACCGCUUUGCCGCCCUCUGGCCCUUCCUGGGCAUCGUGGCCGAGGUGCUUGUGCUGGUCACCGUCAUCUUCAUCUACGAGAAGCGGCGGAAGCCGGACGAGGUCCUAGAUGAUGAGGACGCCGGCUCUGCUCCGCUGAAGAGCAGCGGGCACCACGUGAAUGACAAAGACAAGAACGUUCGCCAGAGGAACUCCAGCUGAGAGG